ACCCCCGCGCUACCCCGUUUCUCGUCCGUCCGUCCGUCCGUCUGGCCGCAGCUUUCCCAGCCCCGUCUCUUCUCCGUCGGUUCGGCAUUCGCGACGCUCCGGCCGAAUUUACCCGACCCAAGCAUCGAUAAUCGUCGCCGAUAAUCGUCGCAAUUACGCGUGUAUUGCGCACUGCGCGAGCGAGCGAGCCAACGAACGAGUAAUUGGCCCCUUUGGAAAAAUGAGCAGCUCCGAGGAGGUAUCAUGGAUCUCAUGGUUUUGCGGCUUGCGCGGAAACGAGUUCUUCUGCGAGGUGGAUGAAGACUACAUUCAAGAUAAGUUUAAUUUGACUGGACUGAACGAACAAGUACCACAUUAUCGUCAAGCUCUGGAUAUGAUUCUUGAUCUUGAACCAGAUGAUGAUUUAGAUGAUAAUCCAAAUCAGUCAGACUUGAUUGAACAAGCUGCAGAAAUGCUUUAUGGUCUCAUUCACGCGCGUUACAUACUGACCAAUCGAGGCAUUGCUCAGAUGAUAGAAAAGUACCAAGCAGGUGAUUUUGGUCAUUGCCCACGUGUGUACUGCGAAUCCCAGCCCAUGUUACCGUUAGGACUCAGCGAUGUUCCUGGUGAGGCAAUGGUUAAGAGCUACUGUCCCAAAUGUAUGGAUGUUUAUACACCGAAAAGCUCGAGACAUCACCAUACCGAUGGAGCAUACUUUGGGACGGGAUUUCCACACAUGCUGUUUAUGGUCCAUCCGGAAUACAGACCGAAACGUGCGGCAAAUCAAUUUGUACCUAGAUUAUACGGCUUUAAAAUUCAUCCUUUAGCAUAUCAGAUCCAGCAACAAUCUGCGUCAACAUUCAAAGCACCGUUACGGGCUCUCAACUAUAAUAAUGGGAAACGUUAAGGUCAUCUCCGCAUAGCCUAGAACACUUCCUUUCAUUAUUUACAAUUCCCGAUCCCUGAUUUUGUGUCCCGAGAUUUAAAGAAAAUAUUAUUUUUUAUAUGUCUAUUUCAACAUAUUUUCAUGCAAUGAUGACAUAUUUCACCGAGCUAUUCCUUGCAACUCUCUUGAUAUCUGCUCGUCGUCCUGUUGUCUUUAGAAAUAUUCAGGUUUCCGAUAUUUCUUGAAGAGAGAAGGCGAGAAUUUCUUUUUUGCCGUAAAUCAUUGUUAUGAUAAUUUAAAUUGUAAUAAUAAUAAUAAUCUCGUUUUUUAUAAUUAUUUCUUGAAAAAAUUGAUGAAUGUUUAUAUAGAGACUUCAGGCAUUACCCAUUAAAGAACGAAGGCAGAGAAGGAAGGAAAAAAACACGCUUAGGAUAAUUAUUAGACCAUAAAUAAGAGAAGAAACGAUUAUUAUAAAUAGAACACAUCUCUGUUUUGUGCAAGUUGUCGCGUCACCGUAUCCGUUGCCAAGUAGUUCCUAAACGUGCAGGAGCGGACUUCCUGGGAAAGUUGAAAAGCGAGGAAUACCAGUUUAUAUUGGGUUUUUUUUUCAAGACAAAAAGGAAUGUAUAAAGAAGAAUUAGCUAUUAAGUGUAACUUAAUUUAAUCGUUGAGUAGUUUGUGCGCAAACUGUGACAGAAGCAAUUUGUUAAAACGUAAUUGCAUAAGAAAUUUAAUAAAUGCGAAUUCAAGACGCAGCAAUUUUAAGACGAAGAUUGUAUAGCUUUUUGUGUAUUGGAAAAGAGAAAAAAGAUGUGAAAAAUUCGUUUCUAUCACAGUUUUCAAGACAGUUUUACGGACAUUAGCGUCGAGGAAAUAGAUUCGUGAUUGGAAAAUAAAAUUCAAUAUAUACCAA